AUGCCUCCCUCUUCACCCCCUCCACCCACGCCCUCGAUUCAACGCCCAUCGCUCGACGACUCCGACUCAGACGGCUCACAGGUGACGCUGCAACAACAACGACGCUCUCCUCUGCCCGGCUCAAUACUCUCGCCCUCGUUCGCAAAGUCGCCGACAUCAUCAGACUCGCGUGCUGCUUCGGCGCAAAACUACUCACGUCCAGGCAUUGUGCGCGAUGCCGUACAAAGCCAGGGUCACAUUGGCGCGCAUCUAGGACACCGCCCACGCCAACGCUCCCAGGGUUACUUUGAGCCCAGUUUGAGCUCUAUGAAGGAGGGCUCUAUAAGGGAUCGAGAUAAUACCAUGGCUUCGCAGAGUCAUCUUACUGCCUCGCAGAUUGCAGCGCAGGCCGCAUAUGCUUCGAAUUCCCAGCACAAUCGCAAGCGCUCUACCACGAUACCCGCACCGAGCGAAGCUGCGCCUGCCGGACGAGGCCAGCCUAUGAGUCCUCCGCCAGUGCCCACACAGGCGCAGGUCACGUUUAGGACCAACGGGAUGACAUAUUCGAAUGGGGUUGUGGGAGAUAGGAUGGCUGCGACGAGUGCUGCGAACGCGGCUUUCCCACGGAGUCCGCUGAACUCUCCUGGAAUUCAAGGACAGCAACAGCAACAACAACCACACGCAUCGCCCAAGCCAGCGUCGUCGACGCCCGAACCGCCGCAACUGCAGAAGCCGAAGGAGGGAAAAAGCAGGAUAGGUGGGAAGCUGUUCUCGUCUAAACCGAAGAACAUCAAGAUUGAUAAUCGGCUGGGCGGUAAAGAGCAAGCUUUGCCGUCGCCAGGGAAGAUUGGCAUUGGCAUUCACAGCUCGCAGGCGCUGAAUCGCAUGAUGAUGGCAGGGUCGACGACGAGCUUGGUGGAUUCUGGGACCAACAGCAGUAAUGCUUCGUUGUACUCGUCGGCCAAUGCGUCAACCUCUACACUAGUUCCCCCACGGAACGAUUCUCUACCAGAGAGGAAGGAGGAGAAGCACAAGCAUCACUUUUUAUCGCGGCAAAAGCACAAGUUGAAGGAUCAGGAUGGAUUUGCUCUUCCUUUAUCAUCGGCCAGCAGUAAUUCGAAACCGACAAAUCCAAGCGCUCCCGAGCCGCUCUAUUCCUUCGCCGCACCGUCAUCACCCGGGCAUUCGAGUUCGUUUGCGAACUCAGUGACUGGCUUGGAUCUCAGACACGGUGGACGGCAUCUACGACGAGCAAAAAAGGAAGAAAAGGCCGCCGCUUUCCUAGAUGCCCAACUGGAACCUCCAUACCGAGAACGAAAUCAAUCCUUCAGUACCGAAAGAUCAGAAUGGCCAUCGCUAUCCAGCAGUAUAACGACAACCCCCAACAUGGCAGCACCGGGUCAAACAAUAUCCCACACAACAGAGAUGCUGCAUCUAGGAAGCUCAUUCGGCAUCAACGGCCUGUCACCCGACGACGCAUGGCCACUGCUGAAAGCGAGGGUACUCCUCAUUUUCGAGGGUGAGGAUCCCCGCCCCCCGGUUGAAGACUUCAACGCCCUAGUCACCGUGCACAUCAAACGCUGCAUCCACAAGCGCUCCCCCAUCAUCCUCAUCGAAGACCUGAACGAGCUCCUUCAAACGGGUUUCGGCUCUUUGGAUCAAACACUGCGUCAUGUACCUGACGACCGCCUCAUCCCGCAUCUUGUAGAAAUGUGGCUCGUGGUGUUUACUACCAUUCUGCCCUUUCUGCAAGCUGUAUUCUUACCGCUGGACUUGGAAUUCAGGGGCAGCGGCAUCAUGACGAGUGCGCAAGCAGCAGAGUUCUGGGGCGUCAUGCUGCCGGAUGAAAUGAAUACCAAGAGUCCUGAACACCGUAACAUACCCAUCUUGGGCGAGUUGGAAGUGCGGAGGAUUACCCUGCUUAUGUUCCGCGAUAUUGUCAUACUACCCCGGUACGAAGCGCUCAUGGCGAUUUUCUCGAGAUUGAGUCUGGAGAAUUUGAAUGCGGGGUUGGAAUCUCCGAGUCCGAUUCCUGACGGCGUUAUGGGACAGCAGCAGCAGCAACAGCGACCAGCACCGAAAUACCCCGAAGCUAUCGAAGAUCCCACUCAAGUUCAGAAUAGCAGCUACGGCCCGAGUUGUAUCCAGGCAAUUCCCAAAGCUGAUGUCACCUUCGAACCGCCUGGUAAUGAGAGCGUCCAGGCCGAGGACUGCCUCUUCCUCGAUGUCUACGUUCCCUCGUGGGCUCUUGAACAAGAUCCAAACGAGGAGCCUCUUCCCGUUGUUGUAUGGAUUUACGGAGGAGCAUACGUCUUCGGGUCAAAGGACCUUGAUUUCAAGUUGGAAGGUGGCACCUUCCAUGCUUACGACGGCCAAGGCAUCCGUGAACAGACAGACAAUGGUGUCAUCUGGGUGACGGGAAACUACAGAAUGGGAGCUUUCGGCUUCUUGGCUGGCUCAACUAUGGAAGAAGAAGCACAGCCCAACGCGGGUUUGCACGAUCAACGCCUUCUUCUAGACUGGGUCCAGCGGUACAUUGGGCUAGUAGGUGGAGACAAGAAAAGCGUGAGCGCAUGGGGUCUGUCCGCGGGCGCAGGAUCCAUCCUUCACCACCUGACAGCGUAUGGCGGGAGUAAAACAGACGAAGCACCGCUGUUCGAAAGGGCAGCUAUGUGGAGUCCUGCGUUUCAAUGGGGCUACGAUCGGGCUGGGGCCUUGGAAGAAACGUUCCACAACUUCACAACCAAGGCUAAGUGUUCUUCUUCAAAUGCUCUCAAAUGUCUCAAGGAGGCCAGCACGCACGAUUUGAGCAGAGCCAAUCAAGAAGUGGUUAGCGCAGCUAUCGGGCUGGGUAUGUUUCCUUUUGGACCAGCCGUGGAUGGAGAUCUUGUGCCAGAGCUCCCGGCUGCCCUUUUAAGCGAAGGAAGGCACAACAACUGCAGCUCUAUCAUAGUAUCCCACGAUCAUGACGAAGUCAGCAUGUUCCUUGCAGACUGGGUCGACACGAAGGAAGACUUCACCCAAUUCCUAGGCUAUGCCUUCCCUGGCGACGCGCUUGCCUCUAUACGGCAGAAAAUAGAGACUCAAUAUCCAGCUAAGCUCUUCGACUUCCAACAGAAGCAGCGCAUGAGGCAUGUCUUACGCGACUCGACUUUCGUCUGCAACAAGCGUCAGAUCUACAACGCCUUCCACACCGACUCCAGCGUCUACACUGCAAAAUUCGAAAUGCCUCCUGCCCAACACGGCUUCGACAUGUUCGCCAUCAUCUGGCACUACGGUGUCGCUGUAAGCGACUUGAUUAAGUACGCCGCACCCAAGGUCCCUGGCGCUUUUCUCGAUCUUUACGAUCAGAUCUGGCCCGGAUUCGCCCCGACAUAUCAGAGGUACUAUGCGGGACAUGUGCUGACUGGCGAUCCCAACUCCUUACAAUCCUAUAGAGCUCUUACAUGGGAGCGCACCGUGGAUGACGGCAACACGCUAACGAACUCAAUGAUGAUGGGAAGAUUGUUUGCUUCUAACCCUCCUUUCUUUAAGUCGAGCCAGGAUCCGCAGAGCUCAACGGAGAAUUGCGCUUUCUGGGAUGAGGUUGCCAAGGACAUCUCCAAGCUACUUGGGAAGAAGGCCACGCCCAUAGUUAGCUUUAGAGAACAGCUUGAGCUACGCUGA